AUGGCAGAGAGAGUGGCAGGUAAGCCUCUGCGCGGCGUCGCACAUUUCCCUCCCACUGGGACACCGCGAGCACGCGCCGCCACUGGUAUCGCUGCGGUGGGAACUGCUGCUGCAGCGGCAGCCAAUACGACGUAUGGUGUGGUGGCUACAGCAACUCUGCGCGCCUCGAAUCAUUGCGAGGGGGAGCUAACAGUCAUGACGGUGGAAACGGACGCAUCACCAAUGAUUGUUGGGCGGCGCACUUUCGCUUUCAGCACGGAGCCUCUGCAUGGCAUUCUCAAAGUGGCCUGGGCUGGUAUCGUGGCUGUGGCACUAAUGAGCUCGUCGGGCGAAGUGUUGUGCAUGCCAUCUGGACUGCGUGAGAGCGAUGAUGAUGAUGAUGGUGAUUACAGCGACAGCAGCUGUGGUGACACGGAUGAAGACAGGGACAACUUGUGUCUGCGUGCUGCAGCCCACGCUGUUGACAUGUGUGCCCUGAAGGUCGGCGGUUGCCCUGUCGUUGUGACCGCCGGUCACCAGCGGACGUACAGCUACGCAUUCCCAACUGCACGCAUCUCUGCUGGGACACACCAUGAGCCGCGUGACUUAUGCAUUGGCUCAUUCUAUGCUAUUGCCGGUGUUGCGUGCAGCAGCAGCUCACCUGCACUUCUCGUCGGUUGUAGAUUGGGGAGCGUUGAUGUAUUCGAAUGGGUGUCCCUCACGGAGAGUCCUGUUGCUCUGCGCUCUAUUCUCACAGAUCCGUCGACGCGCUAUGUGGGCAUCGCUGCCAGCCCCUCCUGCUGCUGCGGGGCUGUGCGAAAAAUUACCCUAUGUGUCUUUGGCGAAAUGGUGUCGAGCGCAGAGAUGGACGCUGCUGGUGAUUUGCGGCGCUCGGAUGGUGUACCGUUUGAAGUUGCAACGACUGCCGAUUCCCACAUAACGCAUACUCCGUCGUGGAAUGACGUCUGUCGUGACGCGUCGUGUCGGCCGCAAGCCUACGGACCGUCACUAUUGGUACUUCAGCCGCAACUUUGCCCGGGAGCUUCCGCUCUACACUCCCUUGUUAUUACUGUUGUUCAAGCUGAUUCGUGUGCGACCGCUGCGUCCGUUUCUGGGUCAGACUGUGAUGGGAGAAAAGUCUCAUUUGUGGAUGUCAGCGUAGUGGAGGCGACAUCUCCGGAGUGUGAGCGCGCAUUAUCCAGACUUUCUGGAGCGGUCAAUGUGCUUCCUAUGCUGCGGUGUGUGACACCUGGUGGUUGCCAUGAGUUUGGUGAGUUGUGCCUCUGUGAUGAAAAGUAUGCUGUCUUCUUUGGGUGCGCCGAUACAAGAAAGCUGGAGCCACGCAGUGUUAUUCAUCUUGAUCGUGCAGACGAUCGAUUGGUGGGUAUGAUGUGGCUUCCUCAUGCCCAGAACGUGAUGCUGCUCUCUGGCAGCCUUAUUAGCUCUGACGACGUGUCCCUCGGGGACCAUGUCAAGGGAGUAAAGGUGGAGAACCCUGUAUGUGUUGUUGGCGACCUCGUUCUCUCUCAUAUAAAGCCGCUGCCGUGGGUGGAGAAAAGUGCCGCUGCUGGCGAAGUGACACUGGCGCAGGUGGAGGAGGUGGUGCGUGCUGUUGUGCAGGAAGAAAGCAAGAAGACUUUGGCCCUGGUGGAGGAGCGCCUGGGUGCAUUGGAACGCAUCAUACGUGAGGUGCUGUGCGAGGUGAAGAGGGGAUCAACGAAGGGAAGCGUGUAA